AUCUGCAACACAGUUCACACACGACCCACUCCCAAUACCAAAUUAUGGCCGAUGAAGAUAAGGAGAAGGCAGAGAAGGCUGCUGCGGGGAGGAAGAAGUUUGAGCAAUUGAAGAAGGCGAAAGCGAAGAAAGCAGGCGCGGGGAAGAAGAAGGAGGAGAAGGCCGACACGCCCUCUGACGCGCCCGCCGAAGACAAAUCCGCACCCAAACCGGAGGACGAAGCGAAUGAAGGUGUCGAGAGCCCAGCGCCGCUCGAUGACGAUGAGCCGUCCGAUCUGGCGGUGCCGAAGCCUGCGCACGGGAGGAAGAUGUCUGUGGCUGUGGAGUCGAGGCAGAGAUCAGAGUCGUUUUAUCGUUCCGGGGCUACCAUGUCGCCGCCGCCUAUAACGCCUGGUGGGGGAGCGUCGAGCGAGAUAUACAGGGAGCAGGCGGAGAGGAUCGAAGACCUGGAGAAGGAUAACUUGCGGUUGACGGCGGAGGUUGAGGAGUAUGAGAGUAGGUGGAGACAUGGCGAGGAGGAGUUGGAGGAGCUUAGAGAGGGGAAGGGAGAUGUUGCGCUUGCGGUUGAGAAGGGCAAGGAGGCUGAUAAGCUGAAGUCGCAGGUCGAGGCGCUUACGCGACAGCUAUCACAGCUCCAAACACAAACUGCAAAGGCUACACGGAAGACUUCGACGGCCUCGCCCGGUCAGUCUGCCUCCACCGAUGAUCUGAACGCGCAACUUGCCUCGAAGUCUGCUACGAUCGAGUCGCUAGAGUUGGAGAUCUCGAACCUCAAUAAGCAGCUUUCGGAACAGACGAACAAGAACAAUAAGCUUCAGUCCAAUGUGUCGAGCCUCGAGUCUGCGUUGCAGAAAGCCGAGCAGGAGGCCAGCUCGACGAAGACAGAACUGUCAGACCUCAAGGCGAACUUGGACAAAGCGAGCGAACAAGCAGCGAAGGAGGGCUCAGAUCGUGAUUCUGCGCAAUCAUGUACUGCGCAACUGGAGGCAGAACUCGGCGCUGCGAACCGCAAAGCGUCAGACUCAGUAUCACGCGCCGAGUUACUAGAGAAGAAGAUCGAAACGCUAACCCAGCUCCACCGCGACAACGACGCCCGAAACCAGACCCGCAUACAAGAUCACAAGAAGACGGAGCGCGAAGCCGCCGAACUACGAACCCGCAUAGCAGGCCUCAGCAACGAAAACGCACGCCUCCGCGAAGCCGAGCAGCGCCGCCGAAAAGCAAACCUCGACUCCAUCGAAGACAGCAGCGUCCAAGAGCUCGAAGACGAAGAGCGCGACCGCCUCCUCGCCAAAGUUCGCGACCUGGAGGAGCAAAACUUCGAGCUCCAACGCGGCGUAUGGCGCGACCGCCGCCGCGACAUGCAGCCCCCCAUCGACGACUCACAGCCCUACUCCUCCACCUCGGGCUUCGACGAGGUCGACCUCUCCGGCACAGCGCCCUCGCGCCAACCCGCCAAAACACACUCCUCGCUCCAGGAUGUCAUUCAAUCUGGUAUCUCGGCGUUCACGGGCCAGACGCAGCAUCGGCGGAGUGAUGCGGCGAGCAAGGCGCGGCCGAGAAAGGAGAGUCUGGCUAGUUUGGGUAGUCUCGAUGAGUUUGAGAUCGACGAGGAUGCGUUCCGGUUGGCGCAGGAGGAGGAGCAGAAGAAGAGGAUCGAGCGCGUUCGGGAGAUCAAGAGGGGGUUGAAUGGGUGGAAGGGGUGGAGGGCGGACUUUGUCGAUAUCAGAGUUGGUAUGGGGGGUGUUUUUGAGAUUUGAGAAAUGGAGUGCAUGUGAUAUGAUAUAUGUCGUAUGAAUCGGCAUGGCUGGCUUGGUUCAGCCAAUUUUAUGAUAGGUGCAAAAUCACUGCCCA